CAGUCAGUGUGUAGUGUAGCGCGCUCGCGACAGUACCGGUCGACGACUACAAUUCGCAUUUGACAAAAUUCGUUAGUUUUUCGGUUCGUUUUGGUUUUUUUUUUCAGUUUUUUUUGUUUGUGGUUUCAUUUACUUAUUUUUUGUGAUUACGUUUUUUUGUGCUAUAUAAUAUUAUAUAGAAAUUAGGAAAUAAAGAUUUUAAAAAUGUAGAUGAUUUACUCAUUAUUAACGUAAUAAUAAUAAUUAUUAUUAUAAUUAUUUUUCAACUGUUUUUAUUCAAAAAAAGUUUUUAAUCAAUAGUGGUAUAUGAUCGCACUUGAAAUUUAACACGAAUCUACUAAAUGUGUUUGGGCGGCGUCCACUACGAACUCGCGGCGGCGUCAUGGCGGACACGAUUUGAGCAGUUGCGUAUGCGGCGCGUACACAGCCGCGGCCGAUGUGGAUCCCGAUGAUGGCUGCGGCCGCACAACACGACAGGGUCGUACUGUCACCGCGCCGGUUGCAGCAGCACCAACAGCAGCAGCACACGCCGUCGCCGGAUCGCGAUCGACAUGGCCGGCGCACAUAUCUGCACAUGGUGCCCAUACUGCCACCUCCUCCAGCCGGUCCUGCGAUCAAUGACAGCCAAGACACAAUUAUUUCGGAUCGCCUCCAAGAUACUUCGUUCCAAUAUGCAUCCGCCGCACCAUCAGUCAUUUCAGGAAAUGCAUUCACUACUCCGUCAAAAAUCCCCAACUCCAUCAACAAACUGAAUUUGAUACAGUCACACUCAAAUAAAUGGGGCAGCUCAAGAAAGGUGCACGAAAGAUCCACAGGACCGGACUGGUUCGAGACGAAAAUGGCGAACGCAAAAAUGGAGAAAAAAAGAUCAUCAAAGUGUUUUUGGAGCUCAUCAUUCGUAGUGGACCCAACCACGCAUUUUCAUUAUAAGUGGCUUAUGUUAGUAACCGUCACAAUUCUUUACAACUUGGUAUUUGUAAUCGGCCGUGGUGUAUUCUGGGAACUGAACAACGCGAUGCCGACCAUUUGGUGGAUACUAGACUACGCUUCUGAUGGGAUCUACGUGGUCGACACACUUGUACAUGCACACGAAGGUUUCCUGGACCAAGGUCUCAUGGUCCGCAAUUCUCAUAAGCUACGGGAAAACUACUUCAGCACGUCCAAAUGGAAAUCAGACUUUCUGAGCCUGCUUCCCACAGACUUGGCGUACUUGUGGUGGCCGUCAGGCAGCUGUUCGGCAGACGUUCUGCCCUGUCCUGUAAUCGUCCGUGCCAAUCGACUGCUCCGAGUACCCAGGAUGCUGGAGUUCUUCGACCGCACGGAAACUAAAACCGGGUACCCAAACGUGUUCCGCAUUUGCAAGGUGGUGUUCGCCAUACUUAUACUAAUACACUGGAACUCGUGCUUAUACUUUGCUAUAAGCUAUGUGAUCGGAUUUGGGUCGGACAACUGGGUGUACAACUUGCAAGGUGCUAGGAAUUCAUCGCUAUCUAGACAGUACAUUUACUGUUUUUAUUGGUCGACACUCACGCUCACAACUAUAGGUGAAACACCGCAGCCGGAAAACGAACUGGAACACGUAUUCGUGGUGGCCGAUUUCCUGGCCGGUGUACUCAUUUUUGCCACGAUCGUGGGAAAUAUCGGCAGUAUGAUCAGCAACAUGAAUGUGGCCAGGGUAGAGUUCCAGAACCGCAUGGACGGCGUCAAACAGUACAUGGCCUUCAGGCGGGUUUCCAAGGAACUAGAGGCGAGAGUUAUCAGAUGGUUUGCCUAUACCUGGGCUAACAAACAGGCUCUUGAUGAAGAACGUGUAUUGGCAGCUUUACCAGAUAAACUAAAAGCUGAAAUAGCUAUACACGUACAUCUCGACACAUUAAAGAAAGUCGAGAUAUUUCAGGACUGCGAACCUGGCCUAUUAGAAGAACUCGUGCUCAAACUCAGACUCCAAGUAUUCAGUCCUGGAGAUUACAUAUGUCGUAAAGGAGAUGUGGGCAAAGAAAUGUAUAUAGUAAAGAGAGGCAUUCUUAGUGUCGUUGCCGACGACCAAAAAACCGAAAUCGCCACUUUAAGCGCUGGAAGCGUUUUUGGAGAGGUAAGCGUGCUAGAAAUAGCUGGAAACAAAACAGGCAAUCGUCGCACAGCCAACGUCCGGAGUUUAGGGUACUCUGAUCUAUUUUGUCUAUCUAAAAGAGAUCUCUGGGAAACACUAAGAGAUUAUCCCGAAGCUAGACACAGCUUAAUGCAACGUGGUUGUCAGCUUCUACGAAAGGAUAGGCUAUUAGAUGAGGACGCGUUCCUGCAAGCUCAAACGCAGAAUGAAACCAUUAACGAAGCAGUGUCUAGAUUAGACUGUAACCAUUUCGUGUCCCCGAAUCGAGGCGUGGAAGGAUACAUUAGAUUAGCCAAUAGCAGGGAUGACUUCGGGCAGCCGACUAUGCAGCAAUCUAAUCGCAAGCAGUUGAAGCACAAGUCAAAAUUCUCGACAGUCGUUAUCAAACCGAACAGGAAGCAGUUCGCGCAAGUUUAUACAACUAUGAAAGAUGUAACUACUCGGUUGUCAAAUCUCGUGACCGAAUAUUACAAUCAAAACGUCAAGCUCAAUGAAAAAAUUACCGAAUUGGAGGAACAAAUACGAGUUGUCAAAUAUCAUUCAAUAACUGAUUCAAAAUACGAGGAUCAACAGGGUUCGAAUGUUGAAAAUGACUCAACUUCGUCAUCUAGCCAAUCAACGGUAUUCGGAACUUAUGCCACAAGGAGAUCGUUUAACGUUCCCAAGAAUUCUUGGGCUCGAAGGCGUCGUAAACUUAAGUCUACCUGAUGUUUAACGGAUGGGCUAUCUCAUUUACAGGAUCCAUAUGCUUCGGCUUAAUAUAAACUACGGUGAUUAGUGUAUAUAUUCUUAAUAUUGGAUAGUUAAAAAAAAUAAACUGCCAAUAUUUAAGUAAAUUGUAUGCACACGUUUUAUAUUAUAUGGAUCAGUGUAAGCGAUUAAAUUUGGGAUAGUCUACUAAAAUUUACAUAUAAAAAUAUAUUAUAUAUAAUACAUAAAAUAAAAAAGUGUACACCUCAACAGAUCAACUUUCUAUUAUAAUUUACGUAUAAAUGACUUCUUUUUUUGGAAGAUUCAAAAUAUUUUAAACUAAUACCAUGGUAUUUUCCUAAGCUAAACAAGAGCUUAAUGGUGAUAUCAUAAAAAUAUUGUAAAAUAUUCCUACAGAAAGAUUUUACCUAUUGUUUACAUUGUUUGGUUUUUUUAAUAAUUUAACUUAUUUCAUGAUAUAAUUCCACGUAAAAAAAAUAAUCCAGUUAAAAUAUUCCCAUAAUGUAUCAAAUAUAAAUUUUUAAAAUACCAAAAUAACCAUAAAGUAUGUGCAUCACGUUCUUGUGUUCAUUUGGUUUGUAAAAAGUAAUGUAAUAAAAUUAAUAUUUUAAUUUUUAUAACACCCAGUACGAUUAAAAAUUAAAUUAAAUCCAAGUUUAAUGAUUAGGUAUAAUAUUUUGUUACAUGAGAAUCUUAUGAUAUUAGAUUCUGAUUUAUAUAGAUUUAUUUUUGUUGAACAUUCAGUAUUCCAAACUUGGGUACAAACAUGAAACAAAUGCUUAACACAUUUAAUUUAAUAUAAUAGAAAUUAUCUACUACAGAUUGUAAUAAAAUAUAAACCAAUUUAAUUAAGCUUGUAACAAGAUAUAUAUUCACAAACAUUUUAUUGUACAUACCACAACAUAAAUAUUAUAAAUGAUAUUUAAAUUGAGUGACGUACCUAUUACAGUUGAGUCCCGUGGUCCGUGGACCCAAAUUUAUACCUAAUUUAUUCUGAAAAAUAUCCUAAUUGAGUUUAAAAUGUUUAAAAAAAAUGUAUUUUCCUUCCUUAUUUACAGACGCAGGGUUGCCAAGUAUAAUAUGUCAACAAAAUUAUAGGUAAAGUAUCUAUUUCUAAAAAUUUGGGCUCAAUUAGGCAAAUUAUCGGGUGAAAUUCAGCCAUAAUAUAUAAUUUAAUAUCUGGGACUGAACUGUACAAAUAACUCCCGAAUUUAGUACCAUUCCUUGGGAAUUAUGUGCAUGCAUCGACCAUAGAUUUAUUUCUUCAUAUAAAUCUAUUACCUGGCAAACAAUUUAUUUACAUCGGGUAGGAAACAUGAAAUGCGGAGAUGGUGAUAAAAACGUACUUAGAAAAAUGUCUGAGAACUAUUAAUAAACAAAAUGGUUCCAUAUAAAUUAAGUAUUAAUUACUUUCACAUAUUUUUUUAUGAUAUAGCAAUUAGACCAAAUAUUUAUAUAAUAGGAUGCCCUUUCUUUGUAUUAGCUUUAGAUUCAUUUGUGUCAUUUGUGAUAGUUCAUUGUAUAUUUACUUUUACUCGUCAGUUAUCAACAAAAUUCAUUAAUUUACUAUAAAGCGUAAAAUUCCUUUUAAUAAUUACUACAAACCUCAACACUGUUCUUAUGAAAUCGUAUAAUUAAAUAAUAUUAUACAAAAUGUUAUCCGCAAUUAUUCGAGUAUAUAUUAAAUAAAAUACUGUCACCUAACAAAACUCUCUUAAUUGUUUUUAAUUGUAUAAAAAGUAGAUAGACCUAGUACCUAUACUUAGAUGGAUCAAAGAGAGUACAUUUGAAGAUGUAUUUUACUACUUUAAUAAUUCCUAAAGUAUUUAUUAAAAUAUUAAUUUAUAAUUUUUUUUUUUUUUUUGUUAUUUUGAUUUUGAUUUUGCAUAAUAAAAUUGUUAUCCUUAACAUCACAACGAGUAUACGAACUAUUUUUAUAACCAUGUGCGUUUCGGAUUAAGUUUGCCAUUCGGUGUAUAGUUGGUGCGCGAAACUCAAUAAUUUUAAAUCGUUUUCAUUCGCUAUAGGUAUAUUACAUUAUAUUAUUUAUAAAAUCAAUAAAUUGUGUUUAAGCAUCGGUCUAUAUAUGUCUCAUUCGCAUAGGUUAUGAUAUGCAUUCAUGUGCGAUAUGAAUUAGGGUUACAACAAUCAUCCCCUCAAAAUUUCAGACGCUCUAUAUUUUUCUUAUAGUUGAAACACAUCAAUUCGCGAGGUUUGACCAGUUUUUAGGAAAAAAAAAUUAGUUUAAAAACCUUAUUAAAAACAAACCGAAAAAAAAUUAACCCUGCAUAUGACGAUACUGCAGAGUAUAACUGCGAUAAAAAUACCUAUGAUGCAAAGCUCAAAUAACAAAAUUACAAACUGUUUACAAAACUAGCUUGUAAGACAUACGUUGAUUGUUGAUUUGUCAAAUCUGUAUAUCUAUAUGUUAUAAGUACCUAUUAUUUUUUUAUGCUACACUGAACACGUGUAGUUUGUGUUAACGAUAUUAUCUUAUUGUUAUGUAGUCAUUUGUAAUUUGUAUAAAUAUAUAAGCGAAUCCACUUAAAUGUAUACACAGUUAUAAAUGUUAUAAUGUUAUAAAUAAUAUUAUAUAGUUUUAAAAGAGUUCUUACUGUUAUUAAAGUUAUUGUCUUAUUGAUAUUAUUAACAUGUACCUAUAGAUACGAAAUUGCAAAGAGUACGACAAAAAUAUACAUAAUAUAUAUUUUUUUUUGUACAUACAUUGUUUGAUGUUCGUUAUAUACUUAUAUAUUAUAUAUGUAUAGCAUAAUAUUGUGCCAUGUGUUUUACAUCGAAUGAAACUACAAAAUUAUGUUUAAGUUUUUUACCAUACAAAAUUAGCUUUAGGAGAGAAUCUGUUAAUAAAAUAAAAACCCGUGCAGACAAUAUUGUAUAUUAUACACCUACAUGGAUUUAAUAGGAAACACGUUUUAAGUUGUAUUAUUAUCAUAACAUAAUAUAAUAUAUUAUACAUACUUUAUUA